AUGGCGGAUGCAGAAGAUGCAGAGCGUCUGGAAAGAAAAUCAGUCGUAGAUCGAUAUUUUACGCGUAUUUUUAAAACGGGUUUGUCAUGAUUACAGUUUAAAGUUUGCUUUUGUCGAUGUUUGUUAGGGUAAAAUUUAGAUUAUUCUCUUUUUGCUAAAAUUCACAGAUAUAAUGGGGAAAUUUUGCGAAGAUCAAUGUGUGCUGCAGCAUUCAAACAAGUAAGAAGCUGGAAGAAGCAAGGAACGACUUGAUAUUCACAGAAAAAAUGCAGUUUAAGCCAUCAAAGGAAAAUGCAUCUGAGGAGCAUAUAUCUUUUACAGACUUAUUUUUCUGCAUUUGCCUAAACUGCAGUUAACUUUCGAAUUUCAAUGUCGUUUCUAUGCAGAGUAAUUUUAUUCACUUAGGGUGAUUCCUUUGAAUUAAAAAUUGUCUUUUCAAAAACCACAACAUAAAAGGUAGGUCUCCGUGCUUGCUUAAGAGAUAUGAUAGGCCAAUCUGACCCCAUAUAUGUACCUGUAUACGUACAGGUAAUAAUCAAAAGUAGCAAAUUGUUUCAUUUUUUCAUGGUUCAAGGAAUGGCAACAAUAUAAAUUUUAAAAACUUGUUGGGUAGAAUACCCAGGUAAUUAUCACGCCUUCAAGGUUUUGGGAAAAACUUGUUGGGUAGAAUACCCAGAGCAUUGCCUUCAAGGUCAUAAUUUGCACCUUAUACAUGCUUUUAGUGUUAUCAUUUUUCCUUUAGAUUUUUAUUUUUUCAAUUUUUUUCCAAUACUUAAAAUUAAGGGAAUCAUUUUACACCAAGAUUAAGCAAUGAAAAAUACAGGUAACUGUGUUUUCUCAAGAUUAGAAGACUUUCGUACCUGUCUAUCUUGUCCAUUGACCCUUUAACUUCCAUGAGUGACCAAGAGAGAAUUUCUCUUUACAAUAUCAAUACAAUAUCAACCACAUAAGUAAUGCAAAUAAAGAAAAAUAUCGAUUUGGGGAUAAUUUGUUGAUCCAAUACUAAAUUCUCUGAACUAAUAUUAUAAGAAUUGUAUAGUUGACAGUAAGGAGAAUUACAAUUUGAUCUGGGAGUUAAAGGGUUAAUUGAAAAAAACAAACAAACAAUACUGAACAGUAUGUUCUUGGAUUUUGCAUACUUUACUAGAUUAAACCUUUAAUUCCCACGAUAUGAUUGUCAAUUCUCCCCUUUAGCUGCUACACAUUUUCUUGUAAAUUAGUUAGAAGAAUAGGGUGUUAGAUCAAGAUGUCCCCUUUAGCUGCUACACAUUUCCCAGUAAAUUAGUUAGAAGAAUAGGGUGUUAGAUCAAGACGUAAACUUCUACCUGAUGAGUUUCAGUAUUCCCAUUACUUGAUUGCUAGAUAAUGUAUGCAUAUUAUAGGGAGAAGUUAGAUGUCAAUCACUUCUGGGAGUUAAAGGGUUUAUUACUUGUUGUUGUGUGCAGCACAGGAUGCGCAUUGAAAUACUGAGGAAUCACCUUGGUGGUAUUGAGAUGAGCUUGAAUGAGUUCUGGCAGUGUUAUGAUUAUUUUGAUGUACAGCAGGUUCUUGUUUUUACCUUAGAAUCAUGGCAAAAUAUUUUGCUCUCCAUUUUUUCAGGAUAUGUGUGAUUACUGUAGCACCAAGUCACCCUUUACUCCAAUGUAAGCAGAUUGUGAAAGUGAAUUUUCAAGUGAGCACCAAGGUGAAUCGAUUGGAUAACAAAGUUUCUGGGAAAGGGAAAAAAGGUGCUCAGCAUUUACAACCAGAGUCUUUAAUUUGUGAAGUCACAAGUUCAGAUGGCAGCAAGUAUUCACUGUAUAGGUAUGAAAGAUUUUUUGUAUGCAAUGAAAAAUUAGUCCUUACACUGUAAAUCUUGUAUAGUGUUAAACCAGAGAAUAUACCUAGGCAUUUGUAAUGUCAGAGUUGCCAAACUCUACAAAUCUGAAGAUGUAAGAUGGGAUGAUUUCCCCCAACCCACCCCUACCCAAAUUUUCUUGUAACUGUUUUGUCCCAGUCUCUGCCCACAGAGUGAAGUUCCUUAGGAGGGACAUCAGCAAAAUUACAACAGCUAUGCUCAGACAGAAAACAUAAUUUUUUCUAAAUAAUUGUAAAAUUUAUAUUGUUUGCCAUUCUCUUUAAGAAGAAAAAAAAACUAUUCAAAUUUGCUACUAUUUGGGUGAUUUAGGAAGCUGAACUAGUGGUUGGAAGAAAUUUUUUUUUCCUAUCCAGGAGACACUCUGGUAUUAGGUUGGAGAUUUCACAUAUUAACCCUAUAACUCCCAAGAUCUCAUUAGUAAUUCUCCUUACUGUCUGCGGUGUAAUUCUUGUGAUGUUGGUUAGAGAAUUUGGUAUUGGAUCAACUUUUAAUCCCCUAAGAUUUUUUUCUUUAUUCUCAUCACUUAUCUGCUUAAUAUUGUAUUGAUAUUGUAAGGAGAAAUUCUGUCUUGGUCACUCAUGGGAGUUAAAGGGUUUACACAAACUAUUAAUGCUUGAUGUGUUUAUAUAUCAUGAUCUCAUACAUAGCUGCAUCAGAGGAAAGCUGGUUGAAGUUAAUGAAAAACUGGUCACAAAUCCACAACUGUUGUUAGAAAAGGUUUGGCACCAACAAAUCUGUAAAUUAAUGUAUUAAUUUGUAUUAGUAUUGAGAGGAGGGAUUUUGAAAAGUUUUUAAUUGUGCUGCAUUUUACCCUCUCACUCCAAAGAUCUCAUUAAUAAUUCCCUUUGCUGUUUCCCAUACAAUUCUCAUGAUGCUACAUGUAGUUUAAAGAAUUUAGUAUUGGAUCAAUCGAUAAUCUCCUUAUUGAUAUUUUUCUUUAUUCUCAUCACUUGCCUGCUUAAUAUUGUUUUGAUAUUGUAAGGAGAAAUUCUGCCUUGGUCACUAGUGGGAAUUGAAGGGUUAAAAAUCUUUUUGUUGCACAGCUAGAAAUGUGGGACAGCUGUACUGUUUGCUCACAUGUCUUGUGCAACAAAUGAAAAUAUGCAGCCUCAAUCUCGUCAGAGUUCUUGGCUGAUUAUGCUUCCAGCUGAAAGGUGUAUUUACUACUUCCAGAUUAAAGUUUAUUUAACACUUUCUGCUUUCAUUUUUUUUCCUUUAGCCACAAACUGAAGGCUACCUUGCUGUAGUCCUCCCAAAACUCACUGAGAAUAUUCUGAAUGGACUUUUGACAAAAGAAGACUAUGAACAACUUUUAGAGGACAGGAAAGCACUAGAUGGUAUGAGAUUAACAAUUUGUUUUAUUUUGUUGACAUUUUCUAGGUAAGAAAAGAUUUGAUUUUAGAACUUUAACCCUUUCACCCCUUAGAGUGACUUAAGCAUCUAAAUUCUCUUACAAUAUCACCCCUGAAUCAAACAUUAAAGUCAUGAGAAUUAAGGACAUGAUCACCAACUAAAGAAACUGUUGAUUG